UUCGGGCAAAAAGUUUUUAUGCUCAUAUAAUUAUGAGCGCCCCAGGAGCUCCCAGUUGUCGUCAAGUGUUGAAUCUUUAUCGGCAAUUACUGAGAUACGGAGAGAGACUCAAAUUGACUGACAAGGAGUACUUUAAGCAAAGAAUAAGGAAAGAAUUCCAGCAAAAUAGAGACCUAACCUCACCUGAGGAUAUUCUCUUCAAUUUCAAGAAGGGAGAAAUUGUACUACAGAACGCGAGAGUAAUAUAGAGAAAAAUGCUCCGCUCCUUGAUCUUCCGGUUUUCCCCAAAAAGCGUACUGAAUGUAAGAAUCGCCAGCAAAUCCAC